GGCCCCCCCCGCCACUAUGGCUGUUGUGGAUUCUUCAGGGACAGUCUGUGGGAUCCUCGCCGGUGCCAAAACGCGGGGCAUUCAAUGCGCGCGAGCAGGGCAGCAGGCGUUCUCCGUAUCACCAAACACCUCCUAUGAGUCGGUCUCUGGUGGCCGUGACUUCUUCUGCGGGCUUCGGUCCGGCGGACUCAGCUUCUUCUGUUGGAGCGCAACCAAUUCCUCCUCCUCAUUCCUCCCCGCUAAGCGAGUCUAUAAGGGCUCCGCUGCCAUCACUGACCUCAGCGUUGGCGAGAAUCAAAUUUGCGCCUUUGAGAAGAAAAAUACAGUAAUCAGGUGGUGGCGUGGGGAUGGAACAUUUCCGCUAGCCGCCCCCGGAGUUUACCAGUCGCUUACCUCCGGUAGAGGGUUUUCUUGCGGGAUUGGGAAUACCAACCAAGUGCGAUGCUGGGGAAGCCGUGGCUCUUACAUCGAGAGCACGUUUCUGAAUGUUUCGAUGACGAGCAUCGUUGCUGGAGACUCCCAUGUCUGCGGAGUUACUAUUUCAGGUUUGUUGGUCUGCAGGGGAAGCAACAGUUCCGGUCAAUUGAACGCUCCAUCCGGCGAUGCCUUCGAGUUUUCUGGUCUAGCACUCGGGCUGAAUCAUUCGUGUGCUAUAAAGCAGCCGAACGGGACUGUCCUCUGCUGGGGGGGCGUCGCCGGAGAACGGAGUUAUUCUCCCGUGGAAGGCACCUUCUUCGAAUCUAUCGUCGCUGGUGGUGACCUCACCUGCGGUUUGAUCACUGAGAAUUUUACAGUGCUGUGCUGGAAAGCAGAUCGCCUCAAUACAUCCGUUACCGUUUUGCCUCUACCUAAAAUUCUUCCGGGAAUCUGCGUUUCUGAAAAGAGCUCCUGUAAAUGUGGCAUCUUUCCUGAUUCAGAGUCACUCUGUUCUGGUUCUGGGAUCAUUUGCAGGUCCUGCGGGGCUCCUACUAUAACCUUGUUUCCACCUCCUCCGCCGUUAGCAGCACAACCACCUACUUCGCCGCCGCCUUCAGCAUCUCCGUCGUCGAAGACGAGCAAAGCGUGGCUUGCCUACGCCAUAAUUGGGUCUAUUGGGUCCUUCCUCGGGCUGUGCGCCAUCCUGUAUUGCGUAUGGGCCAGCAUUUUCCGGCGAAAGAAAGUCCACAAUUCCGUGCAGCCCACAAUCUCCCGCAACGAAAACGCUGCAGCAGCAAACCACGCCGACUCAUCCGCCGUCACAAUGCCAAGCCCCUUCACCUCCCCCUCAGGAUCAAAAUCCCGUAUUUUCCGGCGACAUGGCUCCCGCAUCAUGCGGCGACAACGCAGUGGGCCUUCCUCCUUCAAAGACCGCGCAGAGGUGUUUUCCUUCGCCGACCUCUCCUCUGCCACCAAAAACUUCUCCCUCGAAUUCAAACUCGGCGCCGGCAGCUUCGGCACUGUCUACAAAGGUAAACUCGCCGACGGCCGUGAGGUCGCCAUCAAACGCAGUGAAUCCAACUUGAAACCCAAAAAAAUCGAGGAGAAAGAAAGCGCCUUUCAGUCCGAGCUCGCUUUCCUCUCCCGCCUCCACCACAAACACCUGGUAGGCUUCGUGGGCUAUUGCGAGGAGAAAGAAGAGCGCCUCUUAGUAUACGAGUACAUGAAGAACGGCGCCCUGUAUGACCACCUUCACACCCGUGCCGCCGACGCAGGGAAGCUGAAUUCGUGGGGAAUAAGAAUUAAAGUCCUCCUCGACGCAUCGCGAGGAAUCGAAUACCUACACAGCUACGCCGUGCCGCCGAUCAUCCACCGAGACAUCAAGUCAUCGAACAUAUUGCUCGACGGCGAGUGGGUCGCAAGAGUAUCGGACUUCGGCCUUUCACUCAUGGGACCGGAAGUGGAAGGAGGACACAUAUCGAUGAGGGCGGCGGGGACGAUGGGUUACAUGGACCCGGAGUACUACGGUCUACAUCACCUGACGACGAAGAGCGACGUGUACGGCUUCGGUGUUGUGAUGCUUGAGGUAUUAACGGGGAGGCGGGCGAUAUUUAGAGAAGGGGAAGGAGGGGAACCGCUGAGCGUGGUUGAUUAUGCAGCGCCGAGCAUUGCCGGCGGAGAGCUUGGGCGGGUGCUCGACCCACGGGUGGCGCCACCGGGGCCAAGGGAGGCGGAGGCCGUUGAACUGGUGGCGUACACCGCCGUGCACUGCGUGAGCUUGGAAGGGAAAGACCGACCGGCAAUGUCGGAUGUGGUGAUGAAUUUGGAAAGCGCGCUUGCGCUCUGCGAGGCGUCUAAUGGGAGCGGAUCCAGUAAUAGCAUUUCUUUCGUUUCUUUGGAUUGAUUGUCCUUAGUAAUCACCAUUAAUUCGAUUUCUCCUUGCUCUUAGCCGGUGGAAAUUAAGUUCAUUGAGGGCUUUUUUUUUUCUUUUUCUGAA